AUGGCUCUCGUUGGUAUGGAUUUUCGGGCACCUUUACGUAACGUGAAGCGUGUACAAUUCGUUGCUGCGAUAGAAUUCUCGGAGAUCUACGAAAAUGGCAAGCCAAAGUUGGGUGGACUGAUGGACCCACGUCAAGGGGUUGUGGAUCGACGAGGACGUUGUAUGACGUGUGCGGGCAAUAUGGCCGAUUGUCCGGGGCAUUUUGCACAUCUGGAACUUGCAAAGCCUGUUUUUCAUAUUGGAUUCAUCACUAAAUCUUUGAAGAUGAUUCGAUGUGUUUGUUUCUACUGUAGUCGUUUGUUAGUGGAUAAAGAUUCAGCACGAGUUAAAGAGAUAUUGAAGAAAACGAAUGGCAAUCCAAGGAGACGUUUCGCUUUAAUGUACGACUUGUGCAAGUCAAAGAGUGUUUGUGAAGGUGGCGAUGAACUACAGAAUGUUAAUAAUGAGGGAGAAGAGGGUGAAAAAGAAGUUAAAGCGGGUGGUUGUGGUCGCUAUCAACCGUCUUAUCGCAGAACUGGACUCGAGAUUGUGGCCGAAUGGAAGAAACAUGUCAACGAAGACACACAGGAACGUAAAAUACUGUUGACGGCAGAACGUGCACUGGAAAUAUUCAAAGGAAUUUCUGACGCAGAUUGUCUUGUUUUGGGCAUGGAUCCACGAUUUUCCCGUCCAGACUGGAUGAUUGCGCAGGUUUUGCCAGUGCCUCCCCUGGCUGUGAGACCAUGUGUGGUGACUUUUGGAUCAGCUCGAAAUCAGGAUGAUUUAACGCAUAAACUAUCGGAUAUUGUUAAGACAAAUAAUCAGUUACGACGAAACGAAGCAAACGGUGCAGCAGAUCACGUUAUACAAGACGAUGUCAAACUAUUGCAGUAUCACGUUGCGACGCUCGUCGAUAACUGCAUCCCUGGCAUUCCAACAGCAACGCAAAAGGGCGGUCGUCCAUUGAAAUCAAUAAAGCAGAGACUGAAAGGGAAAGAAGGUCGGAUCCGAGGUAAUUUGAUGGGUAAACGAGUGGAUUUCUCCGCUCGAACUGUGAUCACACCUGACCCGAAUUUGCCAAUUGAUACAGUCGGUGUACCGAGAACGAUUGCACAGAAUAUGACAUUUCCGGAGAUUGUUACUCCGUUUAACGUUGACAAAUUGCAAGAGUUGGUGAAUCGUGGUGAUAGUCAGUAUCCAGGUGCAAAGUACAUAAUCCGUGAAAAUGGUGCUCGAGUAGAUUUGAGAUAUCAUCCGAGAGCUGCGGAUCUGCUGCUUCAGCCUGGUUAUAGAGUGGAAAGACACAUGAAAGACGGUGAUAUAAUCGUAUUCAAUCGUCAACCAACACUGCAUAAAAUGUCGAUGAUGGGUCAUCGGGUGAAGAUUCUGCCGUGGUCAACAUUCAGGAUGAAUCUGUCAGUAACGACACCAUACAAUGCAGAUUUUGAUGGUGAUGAAAUGAAUUUACAUCUUCCACAAUCGUUGGAAACGAAAGCCGAAAUUUCAGAGAUUGCAAUGGUACCGAGACAGUUGAUAACUCCACAAGCAAAUAAACCCGUGAUGGGUAUCGUGCAAGACACGCUGACCGCAGUUCGAAUGAUGACCAAGAGAGAUGUCUUCAUCGAAUUACCUCGAAUGAUGGACCUUUUGAUGCAAAUGCCUAAUUGGGAUGGUAAAAUACCACAACCUGCCAUUCUUAAACCAAAACCGCUUUGGACUGGUAAACAAGUGUUUACGCUGAUCAUUCCGGGAAAUGUAAAUGUUCUGCGAACCCACUCGACACAUCCAGAUGAGGAGGAUAUGGGACCUUAUAAAUGGAUAUCACCUGGAGAUACCAAGGUGAUAAUCGAGCACGGCGAGUUGCUAGCGGGUAUAAUAUGCUCGAAGACAAUCGGCCGAUCGGCUGGUAAUCUUCUGCACGUGGUUACACUGGAACUCGGUUGGGAGGUAGCCGCACAUUUCUAUUCGCAUAUCCAGACGGUGGUGAAUGCGUGGUUGUUGGCUGAAGGACAUACGAUCGGGAUCGGUGACACAAUCGCUGAUCAGUCGACGUAUAAAGACAUUCAAGAAACGAUCAGAAAGGCGAAGUAUGAUGUGGUGGAGGUGAUCGAGAAGGCACACAACGAUGAAUUAGAGCCAACGCCAGGUAAUACACUGAGGCAAACAUUCGAAAAUAUGGUGAAUCGUAUUUUGAACGAUGCGCGUGAUAGAACGGGUGGAAGUGCGCAGAGAUCAUUGUCUGAAUUCAAUAACUUCAAAGCGAUGGUAGUGGCUGGCUCGAAGGGAUCUAAGAUCAAUAUUUCACAGGUCAUUGCGUGUGUGGGUCAGCAGAACGUUGAGGGAAAGAGAAUUCCGUUUGGAUUCCGACAUAGAACAUUGCCACAUUUUAUUAAAGAUGAUUAUGGACCGGAAUCGAAGGGAUUCGUCGAAAAUUCAUAUUUGGCUGGAUUGACUCCAUCGGAAUUCUUUUUCCAUGCAAUGGGUGGUAGAGAAGGUUUGAUUGAUACUGCUGUGAAAACUGCCGAGACUGGUUACAUUCAACGUCGUUUAAUAAAAGCUAUGGAAAGUGUAAUGGUAAAUUAUGAUGGAACUGUACGAAAUUCAAUUGCACAAAUGGUUCAGUUGAGAUAUGGUGAGGAUGGUCUGGACGGGAUGUGGGUUGAGAAUCAGUCGAUGCCGAGUAUGAAGCCGACGAAUGCGUUGUUCGAGAAGGAGUUCAAAUUGGACCUCUCUGAUGAAAAAUUCCUGCGUAAAACUUAUUCGGAGAAUGUGAUCCGUGAUCUGCAAGGAUCAGCAGAAGCGUUGAAAACGGUGGAGAGUGAGUGGGCUCAACUGGAAGAGGACCGACGUUUACUGAGGAAAAUAUUCCCGAAGGGUGAUGCGAAAAUAGUGUUACCGUGUAAUCUACAACGAUUGAUUUGGAAUGCGCAAAAAAUAUUUCGAGUUGAGAUGAGGAAACCAACCGAUCUGAAUCCACUGAAUGUUAUUGAGGGUGUGCGAGAGCUGAGUAAGAAGCUGAUCAUCGUCGGGGGAGAGGAUCGAAUCAGUAAACAGGCUCAAUAUAACGCAACAUUGUUGAUGAAUAUCUUGUUACGAUCAACGUUGUGUUCGAAGAGGAUGGCCGAAAGACAUAAGCUGAACAUGGAAGCUUUUGAGUGGCUCAUUGGUGAGAUCGAGUCUCGUUUCAAGCAGGCGAUAGAGAUUAUCAACGUAUCGAAGAAACCCAAAACACCCUCUCUGACCGUUUUCUUGACUGGAACUGCUGCGAAAGACGCAGAGAAGGCGAAGGAUGUAUUGUGUAAGCUUGAACAUACAACACUGCGCAAAGUAACGGCAAAUACGGCGAUUUACUAUGAUCCAGAUCCGAAGAACACGGUGAUCGAAGAGGAUGAAGAAUGGGUGAACAUCUUCUAUGAAAUGCCUGACUUUGAUCCAUCCAGAGCCAGUCCUUGGUUGUUGCGUAUCGAGCUGGAUCGCAAAAGGAUGACCGAUAAGAAGUUGACAAUGGAAGCGAUCGCAGACAAGAUUCAUCAGGGCUUUGGUGAUGAUCUGAAUGUGAUUUAUACGGAUGAUAAUGCCGAGAAGUUGGUAUUCAGAUUACGUAUCACCAAUCCGGACAUGGACAAGGGAGGAGAUGAAGAACAAGUGGACAAAAUGGAAGACGACGUCUUUUUACGCUGCAUUGAGUCGAAUAUGUUGUCUGACCUUACACUUCAGGGAAUCGAAUCAAUCACAAAAGUUUAUAUGCAUAAACCAACAACUGAUGAUAAGAAACGUGUGAUUAUCACGCCUGAUGGAGGAUUCAAAGCAGUUAGAGAAUGGCUGCUGGAAACUGAUGGAACUGCACUCUCAAAGGUGUUGAGUGAACAGAAUGUGGAUUCAGUGAGGACGACGUCGAAUGAUAUUUGUGAAAUAUUUGAAGUGUUAGGCAUCGAAGCGGUGAGGAAGGCAAUCGAACGUGAGAUGAAUCAAGUGAUCUCGUUCGAUGGAUCGUAUGUGAAUUACAGACAUUUGGCAUUGCUUUGUGAUGUGAUGACUGCGAAAGGGCACUUAAUGGCGAUCACUCGUCACGGUAUAAAUCGACAAGAGGUCGGUGCUUUGAUGCGGUGUUCAUUCGAAGAAACAGUCGACAUCUUGAUGGAGGCAUCGGCACACGCUGAACAAGAUCCUGUCAAAGGUGUAUCAGAGAAUAUAAUGUUGGGGCAGUUGGCUCGUGCUGGAACGGGCUGUUUCGAUUUGGUGUUGGACGGAGAUAAGUGUAAACUGGGUAUGGAAAUUCAGGCGGGUAGUGGUCUUCUGGCGGGCGGGGGUAUGUAUUUCGGCGGAGGUGCUUCACCGACGAGCUCAUCAAUGAGUCCCGCACAAACGCCGUGGAAUGCGGGCACUACCCCGGCGUACGGUGCUGCAUGGAGUCCUGCGGUGGGUUCGGGAAUGACGCCCGGUGUGGCUGGUUUCUCACCGUCUGGACACAGUGAAGGAGGCUUCUCACCUUAUGGCAGUGGCGGGUGGAGUCCAGGCUCUCCGGGUGGUUCAUUGGGAGCGAUGUCGCCAAGUGGUGCAUAUUCGCCGGCGAGCGAUUACGGCUCAGGAUUGGAUGCCCUAAAAUCACCGAGUUAUUCACCGACCAGUCCAGCAUCCGCCUAUGGAGCCACCUCACCAGCUUAUGGCGUUAUGAGUCCACGUUAUUCACCGACUAGUCCAAGUUAUUCACCCACAUCGCCAAGCUAUUCACCAACAUCACCGAGCUAUAGCCCUACAUCACCAAGUUACUCGCCGACCUCGCCCAGCUACAGUCCCACCUCACCGAGUUAUUCACCAACGAGUCCCAGUUAUUCACCGACCUCACCAUCUUAUUCGCCGACCUCACCAAGUUAUUCGCCCACAUCGCCCGGUUAUUCUCCGUCCUCACCACGUUACUCGCCUACAUCACCGACCUAUAGCCCUACAAGUCCCACCUAUAGUCCCACGUCACCCACAUAUUCACCUACAAGUCCGACGUACAGCCCGACAAGUCCCUCGUACAGUCCUGCCUCACCAGGUUAUUCUCCAUCCUCGCCACGUUAUUCACCAACAUCACCGACAUAUAGCCCGACUAGUCCGGCUUAUAGUCCGUCUUCACCGCAGUACAGUCCGUCAAGCCCUCAGUACUCUCCUUCUUCACCGCAAUAUACACCAAGUUCACCAAUGGGUGGUGAUGCCUCUCCAGCGUACUCACCAAGUUCACCACAAUACUCGCCGUCAUCACCGCGGUACAGCCCAUCGAGUCCUCAGGUUUGUUUCAUUACUUAUUGA